AUGCUGUCUCACGCCGACCUCCUGGACGCCCGUCUCGGGAUGAAAGAUGCGGCCGAGCUGCUGGGACACCGGGAGGCGGUGAAGUGUCGGCUGGGAGUAGGGGGCUCGGAUCCGGGGGGACACCCGGGAGACAUGGCUCCGAACUCGGACACGGUGGAAGGGACCACCCUGCUGCCGGGGGAGGACAUCACCACGGUGGGCUCCAACCCCAGCUCCUUAGCCGUCAGCGCCAAAGACCCCGACAAGCAGCAAGGCCAGCAGGGCGGCCAGAACCCCAGCCAGGCUGGGCAGCAGCAGGGGCAGCAGAAGCAGAAGCGGCACCGCACCCGCUUCACGCCGGCGCAGCUCAACGAGCUGGAGAGGAGCUUCGCCAAGACCCACUACCCGGACAUCUUCAUGCGGGAAGAGCUGGCCUUGCGCAUCGGCCUCACCGAGUCCCGGGUGCAGGUCUGGUUCCAGAACCGCCGGGCCAAGUGGAAGAAGCGCAAGAAGACCACCAACGUCUUCCGCGCCCCGGGCACGCUGCUGCCGACGCCGGGGCUGCCGCAGUUCCCCUCGGCCGCCGCCGCCGCCGCCGCCGCCAUGGGCGACAGCCUCUGCUCCUUCCACGCCAACGACACCCGCUGGGCCGCCGCCGCCAUGCCGGGCGUGUCGCAGCUGCCGCUGCCGCCGGCGCUGGGCCGGCAGCAGGCCAUGGCGCAGUCCCUCUCCCAGUGCAGCCUGGCGGCCGGGCCGCCGCCCAACUCCAUGGGCCUCUCCAACAGCCUGGCGGGCUCCAACGGCGCCGGGCUGCAGUCGCACCUGUACCAGCCCGCCUUCCCCGGCAUGGUGCCCGCCUCCCUGCCCGGCCCCAGCAACGUGACGGGCUCGCCCCAGCUCUGCAGCUCCCCGGACAGCAGCGACGUGUGGCGGGGAACCAGCAUCGCCUCCCUCCGCCGCAAAGCACUAGAGCACACAGUCUCCAUGAGCUUCACCUAA